GAAUUAGGGAAAGCCUUUCCUGGAGAGACCGGAAGUAAGGGAGGAGGCGCAGGCAGUGACAACUGCAAGCAAAAUAGCAAAGAUAUUUUUGUAGAAUACUAGGUUGCCAUCAAUUGAUUGAUACGUGUCUUUAUAAAUCUAAAAUUUGUAUACAGUAUAUUGCUUUAGACAUGGAGUUGUGUGAAAUACUGUACAACAAAGCUGAAUACAUCGAAACGGCCUCUGGUAACAAGGUCAGCAGGCAGUCUGUGCUGUGUGGAAGCCAGAAUAUUGUUCUCAAUGGCAAAACCAUUGUGAUGAAUGACUGUAUAAUUCGAGGGGAUCUUGCUAACGUCAGAGUUGGAAGGCAGUGUGUAAUCAAAAGCCGCAGUGUGAUUCGUCCGCCAUUCAAAAAGUUCAGCAAAGGUGUGGCCUUCUUCCCUUUGCACAUUGGAGAUCACGUGUUCAUCGAGGAGGACUGUGUGGUUAACGCAGCGCAGAUUGGCUCCUACGUCCACAUAGGGAAAAACUGCGUCAUUGGGCGACGGUGUGUUCUGAAGGACUGCUGUAAGAUUCUGGACAACACGGUCCUCCCACCUGAGACAGUGGUCCCUCCCUUCACAGUAUUCUCUGGUUGUCCAGGCCUGUUUUCAGGAGAGCUGCCUGAGUGCACACAGGAGCUCAUGAUUGAUGUCACCAAGAGCUACUACCAGAAGUUCCUCCCUCUCAGCCAGAUUUAAGGCCACCAGCACCCCGCUUACUAUGGACCAAUCUAGACUCCCCUAUUUGUUGUCCCAGCGAAUCUCAGAACGUACUCACCCCGAGGGGGGCCCCGCCCACACAGGCCAAGGACUGUCAUGAGACCGCAGACUCGUCCCGUGAGCAGUGAAGAAAAGGACAUCCUCAUACCACCACCGUUCAAACUCGCCGCAUUUAUUUAAAUCCAGUAUUUAUUUCUUUUCUUUUUUAAAAUGCAUUGUUUCCUUCGCAGUCUUGCAAGUGUAACGUUGCUGUUGUGACGUCUGACUUCUAGAACAGUAACAGAUGUGAGCUCUUCCAAAUAAAUGCCUGUUUAAAAACAGGGUCCUGUCAUUGGAACUCAAAAAACUGAAAAAAGAAAGCACUGCUUGGAUCUAGGAACAGCAGGUGCUUGCUGGUAAGACAGGCAGGCAAACACUAAACAGUAAUUCUGUGGAAGAAACUGCCUCUGAAAAGUGACUAAACUAAAAAAAAAGGUGCGGCACCAAGGAAAAUGGCCAUGGCACUCUAGAUAAAAGACCUUUAGCUUAAUAUCUGGUGUAUCAUAAUUAAACAAUCAGCAGAAAAGUCAAUACAAAAUCAAUGAACAGCAGCCACUGCUGGAGCAUGACACAUAUGAUAUAAGUGUAUGGUGUAAUGCUUCUUUAGUCAAUGAUUGGGAACCAUUUCUCAGUAAUUACAGAUGCUGAUAAUUCUCCACACCAUUACAUUUUAAACCUUGUACUCUUCCUCAUAACACUGCAAACAAUGUGUUUGACCAUAAAAGUAGGCUUUUGCACGCUUGCCAAAAUGUCAGGUGUGACGGUUGUGGUGAGCCAGAGAAAACAUGUCAACAGCGUACUGAAAAUAUAAAUUCUAUUAAAGAUGGAAAGGCUA